CGGCCGAGCCCCAGCGGCCCCGGGCCCGGCGGGCCCCGCCGCCCGCCCGCCCAUGCCGCGGAAAGCGCUGCGCUGUGUCCUGCAGCUGGAGCUGCGCUCGAUAACUUGUCCUGGAGUGCUGCUGAAAGACAAAGAGGAGCUUUAUCUCAGUGUUUUUGUACUUGGGCAGUUUAAAAAAACUCAAUGUGUCCCUGCAGUGUUUCCACUCUUCUUUCAAGAAAAACUAGUAUUUGAAAAGGAAUUUGCUAAUACAGUUGAUCCUGGAGACCUUGUGAAGUUAUUGGAAUUUGACACAGCAGUACUUGAACUAAUACAGCUCGUUCCUCCAGUGGGAAGAAUUCUAGCUACGUAUGAAGAAAAUACAAGAGAUUUCCUGUUCCCUGACCCUAAGCUUACCCGUGGGCACCGUGGUUUAGAGCGUGAGAUUUUAAUGAAGAGGUCCUCUUCUUUUACAGGAAUUGCACCAAAAUUGAGAUUUUCUACAAUCUCCCUUAUUGCAGAAAGUCUGUUAAGCUCAGGAAGGAGUCACAUACAGGGUGGUUUGAAUGGGGCACAUCGUUCAACCCCAAAUGGAAAAUUGCACACCAAGUUGCUGAAGAAAAACGCUCUGUCACCUGAGAGAAGCAGGCACAGCUCGGCAACCAAGAACUACGAGCAGCCCACGAUAGCUUCCAAAUCCCGCUCUCCGUCCCCGUACACCAACAGGCGGAUGUGUGAGCUCUCAGAAGAAGCCAGGCAGCGCCUGGCCCAUUUAAACCUGGGUCCUCACGAAUUCAGAAGGGAAACCGAUAAACCUCCAUUUGUAGUGAGGCGGGUUGAACAAACAAGUCCUGGUGUUAAGCGUCAUACCUGGUGUUCCGCGCGAGAAAGCGCAGCAGGAGCCUGGGCCAAGGCGGACCAUGAUCCUUCUCUUCUUGGCAGCUACAGACCUAAGAAAGCUGAAGUCAUGUUAUCACCCCCAUCCCUCUGCCCCUCCCCAUCUCCUUUGCCACCCAGUGAGAAAGUAGAUUUUGGGAGCAGUCAUUGGAGAAUGCAGAAGAUAGCUGAGCUACAGGCAAAAUCUGCUCGUAGAGAAGACUUGGACAGUUCUGUUGUUUGCAAUGAGGACGAGCUCUCAGAUCCACCCAACAGACAGUCCCACUCUGCUGGUUCUUUAGAGCGUUCAGCACCUCCAGCGUUUCAGAAGCAUUCCCUGAGUUCUGUGCUGCAUCGAUCUUCUCUAAGGGAAAGAUUUAGCUCUGGUUGGCCUUCACCAGCAAAUGGAGAUGAGAUCCAUAAAAGGGUGAAAAAUAUUUUAAGGACACACAGUGCUAGGCAGCGCCUAAGAUUUAGAAAUGAGGGUCUUCUGUGUGAGGUGAGGUAAAAGAAAGUUAAGAUAAAAAGGAUGUAAGGAUGAGAGGUAGGUAAGGUUAUGAUUAGGAGCUCUGGUGAAACUAUCAUGUCCCCAAAUUUAGCCAUGUUGGGCAGUUCAUUGUCUCACCUCAUUCUCACUUAAUCUGAUUAUUUUCUCAUUUCUGUCCAAUCUUCAUUUUUAGCUUAGUUGUGGUGGGUUUUGUUACAAGCUCAGAGAAACCUUUCCUCAUGCAUACUAAGACUGUUUGAUCUGGUUCUUGCUGCACUUCCCUGAGUUUGUGUAGGAAUGUUGUGAUUUUGUGAGCUGCUGCCUCUCAAAUAGAAGAUGUCCAUCACAUUUCAGCAUAGGUACAAAUCAUGUAAAAUGCUUCUCUGAUGUUUCAAUGAUGUUAAGAUAACAAACUGGAUUUCAUGACAGUCCAGCACCUACAUUUAAUGAAAGUUUGCACAGCCUGAACUACCUCCAGUGGUCCUUGACUACUUUCCUUGAACAGCAGACCAUGACUUUACGAUAAAAGAUUUUUGUUUGUUAUGAGAGCUGGAUGGUUGGUUACACGGUCUCUCCAUACAGCUAAAAACACUAUGAAAUAUAAUAAUGGGUAAAGGAGAAUUCAAUCAUUUUUUUUUUUGCUAUUUACUUUUUUUUCUUAUAUCCUUUAAAAGUUCUGCUCUAGAGUGACUUACACAUGCUCAGCAAUUCACUCGUUACUGCAGUACUGCACAAAUGCACAAGACUUUGCAAACAUUGUGUUGGUUUCUGCCCUAAAAAAAUCUGGCUCUUAGGGUACUGGGUCUUUAAUUACCCAUCUUGUCAGAGCAGUGCUGGUAAAGGACUGUUUGUCUCACUCCAUUUUCUUCCACUGAGCAAAAGGAACGCGAGGAUGCUGCAGAGAAGUCUUGUGUUGUUUGAUAGUUGUGUGCAGCUGACUUGUGAAUGCUUUGCUAACAGUGGCUGAUCUGAUUAAAAAAAAAAAGGGAAAAAAGUAUGAGUUCUCCUUGCAGUGAGUACUGUAAAAUACUCUAGUAUUGGUUGUGCUUUUCAGAUGGCCCAAAAUCUGAGCUGCGUUGGUGCACAGUGGGUGGAUGAGGUAAAUGGGUCAUUUUUAAAGUGAGUGAAUGGUAAAGCAAGUGUGCUCACAAAGUGGCGAGCAGAUUUUGGUUUCAGUCUAGAGCCUUGUCCAAACUUUGAAAGGUUAAAAAGUAUCUCUUAUUCUGUUUCAUUCCAAAGGACCUAAUGCUAAAUAGCCAUUCCCAGAAGCACCCGGCUGUGCCUUCCGAAAUUUCAUUUUCAUAGUGCUCUGUAAAAAUAGUGUGACUGGAGCUCUGCUGCAGAUUCCUUAGGGUGUCCACUGUAGCUUUCUGCUGUGACAUUCUGACAGUAUCGUAAUGUUUCCAUAUUUUUUUUGCUUUCCUGAACAUAAUUUGCCUCCGGCAAAUGCUGCAGAGUUUUAUUUACCACUGUACCCCAUUUCCUCUUCAGUGCUUUGUAGUCUGUGACUGCUGAAGGAAGAGAGCCUUCCUGUUUACAAACACACUUAUUACCUUGUAUUUCACCACAGUAAAUUCUCUUAGGUUUUUCCUCAUCCAUACACCUGCUGUUCAGCUUGCUCUGCAUCUUCUUGCCAUCUACCACUAUAUUUAUUGUCUUCUCUCCCAGUUCUGUGUUACCAGCAAGUGUGAUUAUUUUUACUGCGCAGUCUUUUUUCCAAUUAUUUCUCCUAUAGCAUGAAAGAUGACUUUGUUUACUAAUCCUUACAGCAACUGGCUUCUGCUGAAAGCAUCACUUAGUGUCACCUCUUAAGUAGGGUCUUUGCUCUUCAGAGUAGAGUGAGCAUGGUUGUGUGUGGUGGGAUUUCUACCAUCCCAUCUCAGGUGAGCAGCUGGCUCCCUCCAUGGGAGGUGUUUUGUUUCUUACUUACUUAAGAGGGCAAAGCUGGGUUAAUUAAUGUCUAGAUAUCACUUGGAAGAUAAGACUGCAUUCUAACAACUCCUGAGAAUAGCACUGAAGGGUCGUUAAGAGUAUCAGAUGUUUUUUAAAGUUGAAUAGGUGUGUACUCAGCCCUGUAUAUGGAAUCAAAGUAUUCAGAUGUGUAAAAUGUCUCUGUCUGGUAAAAUGCAUGAAAUAGAUAAUGAGAGCUCAUUAUGAAUCAUAAUAAGUUUUAGGUUCUUUUUCCCCUUUUCUGCGAGAAGCAAAAGUAAAGCAGUGGGCAGUAGGUUUCAUAGCAUUUUAUCAACAUAUUUGUUGGGGAUUAUUGAAGCUUUUGCUGUCUGCAUAGUACUUUAGAUCUACACUGUCUAGAAAUUCCUUCCAGUUUAUUACCUUAAAAUUAUUAGGUGAAUUGUACUGAACUUAAUUAAAAGUGUUCACAAAUGGCAUUUGGCUCAUUACACUUUGUCCCUUUCUCCCCCAAGAAAUGUAAGUUACUUUAAUAGUCUUCUAAAUGGAAAGAAAGUAUUUUUGAAAUGAGAUCAUUGUAAUCAGAAACCAAGGUAAUGAGAAUUUGAU